AAAAAUGUGUCGUUCCGCGUGGCGCGCUGCGAGCGACAGCGCAAAAGCUCGUGCAAUUCGCCGCCAUCUUGUCCACGGCCGUGACCACGCGCUCCCCAUGCAUUAGAUUAGGCGCUCGGCACACCAGUCCUUCUAGCCCGCCAUAACAUCGGCUCAUCUGUUGUUAGUCGUGGAUGGCUCGAUGAUGUGACGAUAUUUUCUGUUCUACGAUUUUUCCGUGUCGUGCGUGUUUAACGCUUAUGCACAAAGCAUGCAUUUCUCAAUCCCGGACACGCAAGAUAUGAAAGAUGACAGCGGAUCGUCCUACGUUGCAUACAAUAUCCACAUCAAUGGGUGCUUCCAUUGCACAGUUCGUUACAAGCAGCUCCACAACUUGCACGAUCAGCUGAAAAAAGCGUAUGGAUCCACUGCCUUGCCUCUAUUUCCUCCCAAGAAGCUGUUACCAUUAACAUCCACACAGACGGAAGAACGAAGGAGUGUUUUGGAGAAAUACAUUCAACGUGUAAGCCAAGAUGCACGAAUCCUGUCAGACGACAUCUUCACGGGGUUUCUGCUUUCCGCACAACAGGAGUCCCAGAAUGUAUCUUCGCAGGAGGUGGACUUUGAUGUUUUUCUCGUGAAUUGGCAGAAGGUGAUGAUCCGCAUUGUGUCAACGGAUCCAACGGAUGUUGUCCUAGACGCGGUAGCAAGGGCCAUCGGUCUGCCCGCAGAUCUUGUCUGCUAUUUCACGUUGUUUCUCGUUAAGAAGGUUGGAACGGAUAUCAUUAUUAAAAAACGGAUGGAAAACUUCGAGGCGCCGUAUCUCUCGCAGGUGGUGGCAGGUCCCAACCACUGUGUCAUCAUCCGCAAGAGUUACUGGGACAGUGGCUUUGACCAGGACCUGUUGGAAGACGCGGUUUCGUUGAACCUGCUCUACGUGCAGGCACUGAGUGAUCUGGAACGUGGCUGGGUCGUUGCUGCCAAGGAAACUCAUCGACAGCUUUCGAGUCUUCAGGCAAAAGGCUCCAAGAAAGAGUACCUGCACCUGGCACGAACACUCAAGUAUUACGGGUACAUUCAGUUUUCCCCCUGCGUGUGCGACUACCCUCGUCCCAACACAAGGGCCCUGAUUAGCGCCGGUGGGAGGGAACUCAACUUUCGGCUCCAAGUGUCCCAGGGUGAAGUAAAAGAAGUCAGUUUUCGUGUAACAAGGAUACGCUGCUGGAGGAUUAUAACGUCGGUUGGUGAAGAAGAAGAGCCAAAGGCAGACAAACGUCUAGAAUUAUCGUUUGAAUACCUUGUAAGCAAGACUGCACUUCAGUGGAUUACGGUGGUCAGCGACCAGGCCAUCCUACUAAGCAUGUGUCUGCAAGGGAUGGUUGGAGAGCUGCUGCUGAAGAAAAAUGGAUCCACUAAACCCGCUGAGAUGCAGCGAAGCAAAGGAAGACGCGGCUCUUGGAGUUUCAUGAAACGGGAUGGGAGUAGCUACCAGAUUUCUGUGAGCCGUUCAGCCUCCAGUGACGGCAUUCUUCAAGACACGAGAGAAGACACAAAGAAGGAAAGAAGUGUUCAGGAUAAGACUUGUUCAAUGAGUCUGCCAAGAGAUGCCAAGAGGCCUUCACCCAAGGCCACGGUGGAAAACGACGCCUUUGAAGGCAUCGGUGACGACGACCUCUGAGAUGACACGAAAGACACUUUUUGAUAACCAUUUUAGUACUCGAUUGUGAUUUUAAAGAUGCAUGUCUUUGUAAUUGUGUGCUUGGAGCUAAAUGUAAUUCCCGAAGCAUAAUAUCGAAAGCUACGCUGAUGACUGGCCACAAAAUACCUGAUGUGUGAGUGCAGACUCCUUUAAAUUUCAGGCAGACUUUUUGUUGCACUUAAAAAUCUUACAUUGCAAAUUUUGUUGUGCCCUUGGCAAAUAUUUGUUUGGAAUCCCCUUUUUUGCCAGGUUGUUGCACACUGUCCACUGGUUUUCUUCGAAGGGACGGUCGCAUCAGUUCCAGUCAAUUUCAAAACUACAGUGUCAUUUUAUUCCUCGUGGACCAUUGACCACGGUGUCGAAAAUCCCACGCAAAAGUGUGCCGUAGUUGGACUGUUAUUCGAUGGAAAACGCAACAGGAGCAUAUGCCGGAAAUCCCUCUCUGAGAAAAUGAGAAAACGUCACUCCCUAAGGACCAAUGAGGGCGCGUCGUUGGGGAAAGGAAUGCCGCGGCUGUGCGGGUGUCUGAGAGCUACGGGGCUUCUGGACGGCGCCUUUCUCCUCUGAGAACCACCAACACCAUCUAGAUAGAGAAAGCCUGUGCAUUGGCUCCUCUCCCUCUUUCAAUUAAGAGUGAGAAUUUGUCUGCUACCGCGAUUCACCGUUCUGCAAAUUCAAGGACCCGCAAAUGAUUGCAGCUCACCCGGAACCUGCAGACCUAAAUAUUUAGACAAAAAGUGCAAGAUGCUUUCCAGAAAAUCAGUUCUGAGAAAAAUUGCGACCGUUUUGGUGAAAGCAAGUUUGUGAUUGGCUACGGCCAUUGAAAACACGAUCCUCAUUCGCUGGCUCUUCAUUGUUACGUCACGUCGACGAGCGCGCAGGCUUUCUGUAUCUAGGUGGUGUGGGCACCACCCUCUCUCUCCUCUGCUGUGCGGGUGACAACACGCCGCCGGAGCCUCUGCAGCUGCGGGAGCGGCGCGCAUCUUUAAAAUUAGUUCAUUUAAUAUCUAAGCUCUUCUCGGACAAAAAAACUUAGCCAAGUAGAUUGUCGGCUGAUGCUGAGCGUAGUGGUAUCGGUUUCAUAGAUCGGUUUCCGGAAGCGAUCGUCCCUUUAAGCAGACAAUAGAGAGUGAAGCCAUAUCCAGGUGUAUUCUACAUUGUUUGGGGGAGUUUUUCCCUAGAAACUGCCAGUACCCUGUGCCCCAUAUAUCAUUGCUGGGGGCACUUAAGAUCACUUAGUUGGGCAACUCGAAUCAUGAAACAGCACAUUCAGAAAGGAAUGUCAACGGUGGACUUUCAUCAAAGGGACACUAAAGUGCAAAAAAAAAAAAAGUUCGCUUCAAAUUACGUUACACGUUAUGUUAAUUUCACACUUGUUGUCAUAAUUCAAAACUUUGAUUCCGUUACGAAGCUGCAAUCUGUGAAUCAAUGCGCAUGUAUGGAACGCUACGACCGGCCCCCGUUCCAAAUCCACGACUCACACGAUAGGCAUGCGCGCGCUUCUCCUGCUGUCUCAUUGAAUGCCUCCAACCUUUGCUUCUGAGGAUCCCAUUGGUUGCUGGCACAGAUGGCUCUGUUUUCAUUGAACUUUUCUUCUAAACGGUAGCGCUGUGUGAACUAAUUUUGCUUGCACUAUACUAAUUGAAACACACACUUUCAUUUGAAAACAAGUUCUUUUUGCAUUUUAGCGACCCUUUAAUACAUACCCGCUUUUGGAAUUAUCUGAAUCAUGCCUGUUUCCUUUGAUGAUGCUCAACUGUGCGAGUGGUGGCAUCAAGAGAUUAGGGGAUAGAGCAGUUUUUUCGUCUUCUCACUAAAAUGGAGUGCUCUUGGUUGACGCGACACUGUGGGAUAUUCCCUUGGUCACUUUCGGUGAGUGGACCUGUAGUUCCGUGCAUUUCGAUGCUCCUGGUGAUAAUUACGUUCUGCUUUUAAUGCUCUUUUUUUAUGAUCCAAGCAGCGACGAAGGUGAAAAUAGCGAACGAAAAAUGAGAAGCUGUGUUUUGGACGCCUCCAUCUCAUUGGCUGAGAGAAUAUCGGUCUCUCGGCCACUCUCGUGAACGUCGCGAAGAAAACUUGGCAUGUCAAAUCUUUUGGCUUUCCCUGCCCGACAUCAUCAAGUAGGACGUUAGAGAAAGAAAACGGUCAAGCUUGACGUGGUCUUUAUGAGUCCAAGUUUGCUUGUGUCUCAUCAGGGAUCCAGAGGGAGUGACAAGACUCCUGAUCUGUAGACAUUUCUUCUGCAAUGUAUGUGUUUGCACAGGACCAAUUGUCCAACUACGUCUGCAGAAAUGUAUUGGUGCUAGCCUUCAAGCUCGAAGCGAAAAAUCGAAUCAACGGAAGUCUACGGGAAACAUUGGCAAUUUUAAGAAAUUUCCAUUCCAUGCUCAUAAGAUGCCCCAAAUGGUGUUACACAUUUUGUGUGGUGUAAUGUUCAAUAUUCCACUGUACAUGCAUAUAUAGCGUCAAAGAUAUGUAUCUCUCUCUUUUUUAACAUUCCCUCCGUCCACAAAUUCUUUUUUUGGUGUCUUACUUCUGGUAAAAUACUGUACUGCAUACUUAAACAAAUGCCAAACUGUGUUCGAUGGAAAUACUCCUUCACAGGGUGCAGAGAAAAUGUAUGACCAUUAAAUGUGUACAUAGGGCCUCACAUCCCGUGGAAAACCCAAUUUGUUGCCUCCAAGGGACUUGCGGUUUCAAACCUAUUUUUUACCCCACCUAACACUUUUAGUUUUGUAGCUUAUAAAAUUGACGACUUUUUACCAUUUAAAUCCAGGAUACACGCAUCACAUUUCGUGAGACAAUAUUAAAGGCCCUGUGUGUGCACAUAGAUAGUGGAACCCAUAGUUGAAGACGAUGGCAUUGCGGUAGAUGUUUGUGUUAAAUGUGGGCGGCAUGUUGUAAUAUAUAUAUACAUGUACAAAUUUGCAUAUAUUUUUUGUACGGACAGAACUACGUGUGUGGAUGUGAAAAUGUUGAGGACAUUGGAAAAGGUUUUGCAAAAUAGCUUUGUGGAUGUAAGAGCUGUUUAAAAGUUUUUUAUGUGGUGUGAUUUUUAUAGUGGGAAACAAUUUAUCAGCAUUAAAUGCUUUUACCUUUUUACUCAACUGUUUGAAAUAACCAGAAAGGUGAUAUAUUAUGCUUUGAUGGCUCUGUCAGCUCUAUCUGUAAUUAUGUGACUCUUAAGUUGUUAUUAACCUGUCAGUAAUUUCUGCAUGGCAGUGCGUUCCAGUUAAAUUGUUUCAACGUUCGUCAUGCCUAACUUCUACACUACUUGGCUAAUGCCACAUAAUCCUGUAUACGUGCACGCAUUUUUAUGUGUGACAAGAAAUACAUUAAGGACCUGACUGCCACGAAGGAGAAUGUCUUUUGGAUGAGCCCAUUAGCAGUGAGAGCCGUUCCGACGGGGGGCAAGGGGGGCAAGAGGGGCAGGUUCCAGGAACUAGGUUGGACAACAAGACGAGAAUCAAGAGAAUUUUGAGCUCAGAACUACCUAUGAGCUUCUUCUUUUUCUUUCACGUAAUCGUGCCUCAGGCGGAAGGGGGACGGCUCUGGAGUUACAUCAUGACUAAACAUGUCAAACUUUUUCUCCUUUAAGUGUCUUACAGAAAGCAAUGCGAGAGAAAUUGCUGUAGCACAUUUAAUGUGCUCAGCAGAGGCCAGUACGCAGUUGCUCUAUGAAGCAGAAAUAGUCUGUAAAUUGUUACCUUUUACACUGGUGGCAAAAUUUCUGGCACAUAAGGCGCAGCUACUACACCGGAGAUACAUAGAGAGAUAGAGGGGUGCCUCAAGUUGGACAGGGUAUGUGUUGCAUCGCAGUACUUUGCAUUACUUAUUAUUUGCUGAUGAAGAGCGAGACAUUAUUUCUCAUCAAGAUGUACUUUUUUUUUUAAUACAACUUCUGACAACAGUGUAAAGGAGAUGUUAACAAAAAUAAGGAAUGUAUACAUGAAACAUCAUGUAACAUUCCAUCAGCUGGUUGUUUUGUGUGGCAACUAACAUUUUAUCAAGUUUAUAAAACAUGCUUUAACUAGGA